AUGCAGACAAAUAAGCGAAAUAACAAGAGAAAUAAUGUUGGGGGUAGAAAGGUAAAGACGGGAUGCCGGACAUGCAGAAUUCGAAAGAUCAAAUGCGAUGAGGCACGGCCAUUCUGUGAGAAAUGUGUCAAGACUGGUCGUACUUGUGAUGGCUAUGAAUCUGUUUUUAGACCGUUUUCAAGCUUGCCAACCAGUAACAGCCAUGGAUUAGAAGCCGGAAAUAAACCCCCAGAGCCUACAGCCGAUACACUUCCUCUAGACCCUGCAACUCUCAACCGCUAUCUCUCCACCAAGACAAUCUUUGAUGUGGAUCUCGAUUGCAACAGAGAGGCUGAGCAGGUACUUCAACAGAGCUUGACUGAUGCGUCCAUCCGACAUGCUCUCCAGUCUCUCCAGGCUCUUCGUGAAAACCUCGAGUCGAAGGCAGAUAGCUCCGCCUCACCAGAGCAACAAAGGUUGAGCUAUAACUAUGGUCUCCAACAAUACAGCAAGGCUCUGACAGGUCUAGCUGUAAACUUGUCAACACCUAGCCCGGAGACACUCAAGUCUGCCCUAAUUUGCUGCCAAGUGCUGAUAAGCGUGGAGCAAGUCCGGGGUAAUUUCUCCGCAAUGGGCGUCCACAUCGUCCGCGGAUUGAACAUUAUGCGAGAAUACCGCGCCAGACCAUAUUUAUCAGAAACAAAUAUCUUGAUACCAGCAAGUCACAAAGACUUGCCAUCCAUAGAUAUCUUCAUCAUCAAAUUCUUUGCUGCGCCUUGCAAGUUUACCGAACAGCCCACAGCGAAUACGACCAGCAUGUUAACACCACCUGCGGAAGUCUCGACUGAUCGCAAGAUUGCGUCAAAUAUGCGACCCGGGAUCAGGCAAAUUGCUGACUUAGUUAUCAACUUUCUAAACCAGGUGUCUAUCAUCAAUUCAGAGCAAAGAGCUAGCGAACUACUUGUUGAGAAGGAGAGACUUCUUAAUUCUCUGAAUGAUUGGUAUAAAGACUUUGAAAUGGCCCAGACAGUGGGAGAAAUUAUGACUGUCAAUCACUGUUUCUUGAAAUUACUCCAUACGGUUAUGAGAGUCGUGCUCUUGGGAACACUGGAUUAUGAGACAGACUUUGAUGGGAGACUGAAAGAUGAGAACGAGAGUAUCCAGGCUUUGACUGAUGAGAUUAAUGAACGGCUCAGGGAUUACGAUAUGCGUAGGGGGAUUGAAGGUGGGCUGAGGCAACAGUCUGAAGUCUGA